CAUGAAACAUACUCACUUCUUCACAUCACAUCCGCUCUCCCUCUUUCCCUCCCUCCCUUCUUUCUUCCCACAGAGGGUGUGGAGGGGCAGAUGAGUUCUGAGGAGGAGGAGGCUCGCAGGAUAGCUGAGAUGGGGAAGCCCAUCCUGGGAGAGCACAGUCGCUUGGAGGUGGUCAUCGAGGAGUCGUACGAGUUCAAGAGCACAGUUGACAAGCUCAUCAAGAAGACCAACCUGGCGCUGGUGAUCGGCACACACUCGUGGAGGGAACAGUUUGUGGAGGCGGUGACUGUCAGCGCAGGUGAUGGUGAUGAAGAUGAGGAGCGUCUUCCGUCAUGUUGCGACUACGUCAUGCAUUUCCUCACCGUCUUCUGGAAGGUGCUGUUUGCCUGCGUCCCGCCCACAGAGUACUGGAACGGCUGGGCCUGUUUCUUGGUCUCCAUCAGUUCCAUCGGCCUCCUCACCGCCGUCAUCGGAGAUUUGGCGUCGCACUUCGGCUGCACCGUGGGGCUGCGGGACACUGUGACCGCCGUGGUGUUUGUGGCAUUGGGGACUUCUAUUCCAGACACCUUUGCUAGCAAAGUGGCCGCCAUGCACGACCAACACGCCGACGCAUCCGUUGGAAAUGUCACCGGUAGCAACGCCGUUAACGUGUUCCUAGGGAUCGGCGUGGCCUGGUCAGUGGCUGCCAUCUAUUGGAAAGUCCAAGGGAAGGAGUUCAGGGUGGAGCCGGGGUCGCUGGCUUUCUCCGUCACCCUCUUCACCAUCUUCGCUUUCAUCAGCAUGGCCGUGCUCCUGUUCAGACGCCGGCCCUCCAUCGGCGGAGAGCUCGGUGGCCCGAAGGUCCCCCGCCUCCUGACCACGCUGCUGUUCCUCGGCCUGUGGUUCCUCUACAUCCUCUUCUCCAGCCUGGAGGCUUACUGCCACAUCGGCAGCUUUUAAAAAGGAGAUGAUAGAAGUUGUGGGAGAAUAUUGCACAACAACACACACACACACACAUUAACACACACUUCAAACACGUGUAGAGUCUAUCAGUUUAACAGGGCUCGCUGCAGCCUGGAGGUGGACACCCAAAUACUUCAUGUGCACACACACACUUUAUAUGUACACACAUGCUAGCAGAUCAUGCAGACACGCACAGUGACAGGCAUGAUGGAGGGCGAGAGGAAGUGUUAGUGAAGCUGCUGCAGCAGAGUGUGAAGGUUCAGUGUGAAGAGAAGGUCGGCCUCUGGAGAGCUGAUUCUUUCUGUGGUUCAUCUUAACGUCAGCUGGGUUUAGUUUGGAUCACAUCAGACCUGUGAUGGAGGAGAGCAGGACUGUGGGUGUGGGCAGACAGAAGUUCUCCGUCCUCCUCUCGUCUGUAUCACCACCUUUGCUCGUCCAGCUCCACGUCUCUUCCCAGAGGAGGUGGAGCGCUGUGUGACAGAAGGAGUGGAUUGUUUACAAUAUCAAUACCAUAGCGCUUGUUUACGACCGGAGAGCUGAUGCUUGUCUAAUAGUUUAGAUGAAGGCGUUUCUCCACACGCACUGUAAAUAGUCAAAACCAGUGUACAUAUAGAGUGUCGUGUUUUCAGGAGGCAGGACGUGACACCUGCCGCCGAAAGAGUCAAAGAAGAAAUGAGCCCAGAGAACGAGUCAAAAUACAGCAGAAAGAAGGUUUCUGAUCCUGAUCAUCAGAGAAGAGAGACUCAAGUUUUAACCAAACAGACGGAGGAUAAACUGGUGAAGUUUUUAAAGAGCCAUACCUCAGUCAGACGUCGGGCACUUCUCUGUCUGACGGAGGUUUGUGUAUCAGACUGAAGGAUUGUUUCAUUUGCAUGUGUAGGCAGAUAUGAUGCAUCUUCACAUAAUGAGUCACAUAUAAACUAUUUAAAAGGGAAUGAAUAGAGUCCACCUGUAAAUUACAUCCAUUCAUUUGUGUGUGUGUGUUCGCUCAGUUAAAACAGAAACUCUCAGAGCGUCUCGUGUGUACAAGUGCGUGUGUGUGUGUGUGUGUGUGUGUGUGUGUGUGUGUGUGUGUGUGUGUGUGUGUCGGCUGACAGGAAGGACAGGACGAACACUGUAGCUGCAAACUUUGAGGUUUCUUGCUGCGUCGUCACGGUGUCGUGUGGUCAUGACAAACUAAUCCAUUAAUGUGGCAUGUACCCUGACAGACUAAUCCUCCAUCGUUAGCUGCAUGUCAGACAAACGUGCAUGGACGGUCGAACAAGAUUUAACAGUGUUAGUUUACGUUGAAGAAAAGACACUAAAUCACAUUUAAGCCACUUAAUAACUGAUUAGAUCCCAAAUCAUCCAGAUUGACAACACAACAUAUCGAUCAGGACACAGGAUCCUGAUCCAGACUUCAGUCAGGACGCAGGAUGUUGAUUUACACUCGUGCUUCAGUGCAGCGCCCAGUCAGAGCCUUAAGGAAAAUCUCCAGUGAAAAUCUAGUAUUGAAGCUUUCAGCUGUACAAACUGUCCCCCCCCCCUCACAUUAUGACCAUGUAUGUUAAGAUACAAGACUUUACAUUCUGAAGAAGAUUAACUGUGAUCUAACGUUCUCCACUUUGUUUAUAACCUGCAGGUCUGAACACUGCAGGUUUAAAGCUGCAUCCACACUAUUAUGUUUUAGUUUUAAAACACAUCACUAUUGCCACGGUUACAGCUGCCGCCCGCACCACUCGACCACUCGACCACUAGAACCUGAGAAGUUUGGAAACGAUGACGGGGUCACAAGAAAAGAAAAGAAAAUCCCAGCUCUCACUUUUCACCAUCCUCAUUCCUCGUUCGUAGUAUUUUCUGUCACCACCUGCAGAGACAAUCUGCUUCCUGUUUACACCACAUGACCAGUGUCAUGUGACCUGCUCCUCCAGGUGCGUUACUUAUACAGAGCUAAUUGAGUGCGGGCGGACGGAAAUCAUUUUAAUUAAAAAACAAAAACGUAUUAUUGUGGAUGUGGAGUUUGUUGACGUUAGAACACCGGCCUUCCUUCAGUGACACAGUCGGGAACAAACAGUCAAACAGAGAAAAACAUUGAACUUCUAAUCUGCUGUGACAUUUACACACUGACACUCCAGGUUCAUUAGUUUCAAUGCUGGAAAGUCAGAGCAUGAACUAAAGCUGCGAGCGGAAAAUUAAAAUAUUGAUUAUCGGCUCAGACAGGAAGCAUCGAGUGUCCAGGAUCCUUCGGUGCAUGAGAUUUGAUCACGUCGUUUGUGCUGCAGGUGCAUUUCAAAACAUCUCACCCACAAAUGAUAAGUGCUAUACAAGCUGAAACUGUUAUUCUACAUAAAUCUAUCGGAAGGAUUAGAUUCAUUUACCCUGACUACACUUUGUAGAACUUUCUAAAACCAGUUUUGUAUCUUUUCCGUACAGAUGUAGCCAAGUUAGACUUUUUUGUACUUCUGAACGACGUUUCGAGUAGAAUCAACGUGUCCGGUUGGUUGUGUUGAUUACAUCGUUAGUGGAUUGGAUUUUGAUAUAUUUUCCACAGAGGAAACUCCCCUUUGAAACUGCUCAAACAUGUCGCGUGUCAUCAAACGUUAUCUCAUCUCAUGUACUCAGAUAGUUUGUCUGCUGACUCGUUUGUGUCUCUGUUACUUAUGUAUAUUUCGUCUCACGAGACUAUUUAGAUAUUUAUUUAUUUACCUGAAGAUUAUUUAUCUAUGGUCCUUGACGCCAACAGUUUGGAGUUUAGUUCAAGACGUUUGGUUUCAACUUGCAAUACAGGCAAAAAAAUUGUCUCUUCUUUGUUUGUGGCUUUGAUGAGAGGUCAGUUCCCACGUUAGUUUUUUCUGUGUUUCGUUGUUUCCCUCUGCCAACGUACAUUUGGUCCCGCAGUCCUCCUGCAGGAGGAGGUGUAAGUGUAAGUAGCAUGUUUACAUGAAGAAACAGCGUGGAACAUUGCCAGCGUGAUUGUCAGUCUCGGGUUGACGUGAGCGGAACAGGGACAUUUGAAGGAGGUUGUGAAGCAGGUCAGACGUGUGUGAGGUGGGAACAGAAGCUGUAACUGAACACACACUGACACACACACACACACUGACACACACACACACACAGGUGAACAGGUGUGAACUCAUGUGUGAUCUGUGACUGAGGAGACCAGUGUGUACGGACGGGAUCAGCUUCAUCCCGGCAGAUGUGACCCAGAUGUGGCUCAGCACCCAGAAACAGAACUGUCUACAACAUCCAGACAAUGUUCCUUGUUUCCAUGAACUUCUGUACUAACGUGUCCGGCUUCGGCCUUUGCUGUUCUGUAGCUAGAUGUGAUGCCCCCCCCCCUCCCCGAUCCAGACUCUCCCCCUCCUCACCCCUCCCACCCCGGUGUGCCUCAGUGUUUGCCCCCUCCCUCUGUGUAUGCAUGAUGUAUGUGUGUGUGUUAGCAGCAUGGUCUACUGUGAUGGACACCUAUAGGCAUAUUUUAUCAGGUUGAUUCCCCACAGUCCCAAACACAGGAGGAGCUUUGUGAAAUAAAAUGAGCAGGUGUGCACACGCAGACACAACUCCGCACAGAUACAAUGAACACACACACACACACACACCAGACAGCAUUUUUAGAUUCAGUGUCAAGUUUGUUUUGUUUCCCUCCGAAGCUGUGAAAAGAGUCCUCUACGUCUGCAACACGCAACAUCCCAGGUCAUUUGUUUUUCGUUUGUUAAUCGUAUGAUAUUUCUGUGUCCGUGUUAGUGGCUGUGUCCCCCCCCUCCCUGAUGUCUGUCCCCUCCUCCAGGUCUUGCUCUUCAAUGUGUCUCUGUGAAGUUUUUUCCUGUGAUAAUGAAAAUUUCUCUCUGCCUGAACCUUUGUAGGGAAAUAACGACUGAGUUACUACAAUAUCACGUGAUUAGACAUAAACAUUUAUUCAAUGUUGUAAUAAAUUAUUAACUGAAGAUGAUAUAAAAAAAAGUUUUUUAUGAAAUGCAGAAAAAAAUUGACAACUUGUUUUUGAGAACAUGGCAUGAGGUGUAACGUGUUACUGGAAGAAAAUGAAGACCUUAUUUGAAUAUAGUUUAUUUAUUUUCAAGGA